AUGGAGAGUACAAGAGUAUUUGUUUCUGGCCUUCCGCCAACAUUCUCCAAUGACCAACUUAGGAAGCAUUUUGCCACUCGCUUCCAGGUCACCGAUGCUCAUGUCUUGCCCAAACGCAGGAUUGGCUUCGUGGGUUUUAAAAGCUCCGAGGUCGCUCAGGAAGCCGCUCGGUAUUUCAAUAAGACAUACGUGAAGAUGUCGAAAAUCUCAGUAGACAUUGCUAAACCGAUCGAUUCCGAGUCUACUCGUAAUGCUGACAAGUCUGGCAAAAAUAACAAAUCCAAUGAUAUCCCCACAGAUGGCACGCUUAAGCGUAAACGAGAUGGAGAAGAUCUUCGGCAGGACCCUAAGUUGCAGGAAUAUCUCUCUCUUAUGCAACACUCGUCCAAUACUAAGACCUGGGCCAAUGAUGAUAUAUUCAACCCUACUGCAGAAGAAUCGAAGAAGGAUCAGCCUGCUGAAGCCGCUGAAUACCCACAAGAUCUCACUUAUGCCCAAAGGAAACGAGCGAAGGUCGCAUCUCAAGGCGUUGAUGGCGAGCUACCGGCUAGCAGUCAUCAGGGGCGUGCCUCUCCUGAGCCCAUGAUUGUGGACGAAGGAACGAGUGGGCAAUCUGCCGAGCAUGUAGCAGAACAGGAUGACUCGACUGCUCCCAAGCCCGAAGAGCAGCCCGUAUCUGACUCUGAUUGGCUUCGGUCGAGGACAAGUCGUCUUCUUGAUCUUCUGGACGAUGAGGAGCGAGCAGAAUUUGAUUCUGCCAAGCAACAGAAAGCAACUACUGCCUCUGAGGGGCCAAAGCCUGAUCUGAAGGCACCCUCUUCCAAGCCUGAGGAUAGUGCGUUGCCACCUGAUACUGAUACUGCUAAAACGGUUGAAGUACCAGAGGUGGAUAUGAAUAUCGAGAACAUCCGUUUAUCCUCACGUCUCUUCGUAAGAAACCUGGCUUACGACAUCAAAGAGUCUGAUCUUGAUCCGUUGUUUGCUCCUUUUGGAAGAUUGAAGAGGUCCAGCACCAGUAAGGGAUUCGCUUACGUUCAGUAUGUUGACCCUGAUGCAGCUGUAGAGGCUUACAAAGGCCUCGAUGGGAAGCAUUUCCAGGGUCGCCUGCUCCACAUCCUGCCAGCUUCGGCGAAGAAAUCUUACAAAAUUGACGAGUAUGAACUGUCAAAAUUACCCUUGAAGAAACAAAAACAAAUUAAGCGGAAGAUGGAUGCUUCUUCCGCUUUCAGCUGGAACUCUCUCUACAUGAAUGCUGAUGCUGUCAUGUCCUCAGUAGCGGAACGACUAGGUGUCUCGAAGUCUGAUCUUCUAGAUCCUACUUCAGCGGACGCUGCGAUAAAGCAAGCCCAUGCUGAAACACAUAUUAUCCAGGAAACAAAAGCCUACUUCACUGCGAAUGGGGUCAAUCUUGACGCAUUCAAGCAGCGAGAACGUGGAAACACGGCGAUCUUAGUAAAAAAUUUCUCAUAUGGCGUCAAAACUGAUGACCUCAGGAAGUUGUUUGAACCGUAUGGUCAACUCACCAGACUGCUAAUGCCUCCCAGUGGUACAAUAGCUAUUGUUGAGUUUACGAGACCUGAUGAAGCGCAGAAAGCCUUCAAGGGUCUCGCUUAUCGGAAACUCGGGGAUUCAAUUCUCUUUCUAGAAAAGGCACCCAAGAACUUAUUUGAGGCGCCACCAGUCCUGCAGAAAUCGGCCUUGGAAACCAAGGCUGUCACGCAAGGGUUCUCGACUGCCGACACUUUUGCGGCAGGAGAACCUGAAGAAGUGACGACCACUUCAACUCUAUUCGUAAAGAACCUUAAUUUCUCCACAACAAAUGAAAAAUUCGUGGAAGCCUUUCGGCCGCUGGAUGGCUUUGUGUCUGCUAAGGUCAAAACCAAGCCUGAUCCUAAGAAGCCUGGUCAGACACUCAGUAUGGGCUUUGGAUUUGUGGACUUUAGGACGAAGGAACAGGCCAAGGCUGCUCUUGCUGCCAUGAAGGGCUUUAAUCUGGAUCAACAUGAAUUGGUAAUUAGGACGUCUCAUAAAGGUCUGGAUGCUGCCGAAGAACGAAGGCGAGAAGAUACUGCGAAGAAAAUUGCAGCAAGAAGGACCAAAAUCAUCAUCAAAAACUUGCCAUUUCAGGCGACCAAGAAAGACGUCAGAUCACUCUUUGGGGCCUAUGGACAGCUCCGCUCUGUGCGGGUGCCUAAGAAAUUUGAUCGGUCUGCUCGUGGUUUUGGUUUUGCCGACUUCGUAAGCGCUCGCGAAGCGGAAAAUGCCAUGGACGCGCUGAAGAACACCCAUCUCCUGGGGAGAAGAUUGGUGUUGGAAUUUGCAAACGAGGAGGCUGUCGAUCCCGAGCAAGAGAUCGAGCAAAUCGAAAAGAAAGUAGGGGAACAGCUGGACAGGGUCAAACUACAAAAGCUCACGGGAACUGGGCGCAAGAAAUUUACUGUAGGGGCCCAGGAGGAAGUCGAGGACUAA